AUGGAGCUCCCCAAAACCCUGCCAUUCUCCAAACGGCGGCUCCGACCGCGUGUCAUCAUCUCCUACAUCUUUGACUAUGUGAUUCUAAUUGCCUGUGUGAUUGGCUUCGCGAUCGUCGACUCAAUCGAACCUUACCACCAACACUUCUCCCUCCGAAACAUCUCCAUUCAAUACCCCUACGCCGUCCACGAACGAAUCCCAAUCAAGUACGCGCUGUGCAUUUCCGGCGCGUUCCCACUCGUCCUCAUCGUCGUAUAUACACUGGUGAUCGAUGGCUUAUUCUCGCACAACAAGCCCCAAGAUGCCGGGUCUGGGAAGAGGAAGCUGAGAGGUCCUUACCGAUGGAAGGAUCGACUGUGGGAGAUGAACUGUGGAAUCCUGGGCCUAUUGCUGGCACAGGCAGUCGCGUUCGUCAUGACCCAGGCGCUGAAGACGGCGUGUGGAAAGCCCCGACCGGAUCUCAUUGACCGGUGUCAACCCCGUGAGGGCAGUGUGGACCUGUUCCCCGGACUGUCGAACUCAACAAUCUGCACUGGAGACCCGGCCAUCAUCAAAGAUGGAUUCCGGUCAUGGCCUUCCGGUCACAGCAGCUCGUCCUUCGCCGGCCUGGUCUACACAGCGCUUUGGCUGGGAGGAAAGCUUCACAUCAUGGACAACCGCGGCGAAGCUUGGAAAGCCCUCCUCGUGACGAUCCCGCUCCUUGCCGCAACCCUCGUUGCCGUGUCGCGGAUCAUGGAUGCGCGUCAUCAUCCCUUCGACGUGAUCACGGGCUCCAUGCUCGGAACAGCUUGCGGCUACGUCUCGUACCGCCAGUACUUCCCUCCUCUCGCCGAAGCGUGGCGCAAGGGCCGGGCGUACCCGAUUCGCACUUGGGGAACUGACCCCGCCGGCCCUGACUCGGUGCGGCUGAUGGGCGCCAAGGUCGACAGCUCGACAGCUCUUCGCAACCCUGAAGCUGAGCGCAUGGAUCCGGAUCUUGCUGUCUCGGUACACGACUACUCCCGUCCCGCGCCUUCGGAGUAUCUGACUAGCUCUAACCCCUACGUGUCCAAUGUGAACAAUCGUCGCCCGCACGACCACGAUGCGGAUGGCGGUGCUUGGUCUUCUAGUGAAGACGAUGUCACGAAUGGGUAUGAGAUGAGGCAUAAUUAUGCUAGGGCGCAGAACCCGGGUGCUGGCCACUCUCUGCCUCAAUAUGAGAACACGGCGUAUGUCUCCCAGGCUCAGCCGCUGACGGACGCGGAGAUGCAAUCGGGGGCGAUGGCUGGUCCAGGGCGCCCGUUGACUAAUAUCCCCGGUCGGGCUAUGUAA